AUGUUAAGCAUUCUCUCUCUUGAGGUUAACUACCUCAUCGUGCCCGCCAUGAUAAUCUUUAUCAUGUUCGUGGUGCCCCUUCCAGGGUUAUCGCGUUACGUUUGCCGUGCCGUGAGCUUUGUGGAACGGCUGAACUUCCAUGGCGUUUCAUUGCUGUUGCUAGUUACAGUCGCGACGUUUAUGGGGUUUGCACUUCAAUUCCUCGAGUGGAGAAAAAAGUACUGCUACGGAAAACCACGUUUUGCCGACCUGAGUCUGGAGGUUGACUGGGAGGGCCGUAAGUGGCGCCACGAGCGCAACAUGUACAUACAUGCACUUGCGGCUGUAUUAUGUGCCGCUGUGAUGAAGUUCGCAAGGCUGUAUGCCGCUCUGGAAAAGAAGACAGUGCCACCAACUGAAGCCAAGAAAAAGGUGUAG